GACAAGUCCGCAGCAGCCAUCAGAUCGUUGGCAACAUACGCAAAUAUGGUCUAACUGUCAGCCACUCGGUUCCUACGGGCAGCUUAUUUUUUUUUUAUUUUUUGUUUCGUGCGAUUCCGCGGGAAUAUUUCUAUAAUCUCCGGAGUUUCCUGUGCGUCAAUCAGAUCGGAUCCGCGAUAUGGCAUCGACGACCAAUUUUUCAUAUCUAUUGUUAUUGAUUACACUAACCUUAUCUAUCAACGCGGAGCCAGAUGGAACGUCCUCGGUACCGCCGAUUCCUGGCCGAGAAUCUUCGCUACAACCGUCGUCGAUAGAACAUUCUUUCAAUGCCACUGACGAUAAAAAGUUGUAUACAUCGGUAAUGGCAGAAGGAGGACCUAUAAUUGUGUCGACCUCUCAACAACCAAACAUUGAAGAUGCAGCCAAAUUUGUAUCCAACAAGUUUGAUGAGUCCAAACCAAGAGAAAAUGUGCCUAAGGAAAGAAACGCCAAUCCUUCUGUGGUCCCAAGAAAGGGAGUUGAAGAAAAAAUAAAAGCAAGGAAAGGAGUGGACCCUGAACCAGAGAGAACGAAUGUUUUGUUAAAUCAAACCACAAAAGAAGAUACAAAGCCUAUAAUAGAAACCAGCCCCAUACAAGAAACUUUAGGUAAUACUCAGACCAAAACUUCUGGCAUCAAUAUCCAAAAAUUGAACACUACCAAUUUAAACAACAACUUAGAUCAUAGUAUAAAUUUCCGUCACUUCAACACAAGUCUGACAAAUAUAACUGCGUCUCACACAGAAUUCACAAAUAAGACAUCAAUAUUAAAAAUUUCUACUGAGAAACAUAUACCGAAACCCAAACCAACAGUGACAACUGUUGACGGGCCGGAAGUUAACGAAUCUAGACCGUUGUCGCGUACAAAAAGCUUUCCACUAGGCAUGCCGAGAAAAAUUGAUUACAUUGUACCAGUUAUUAUAACUAUGAUUGCUUUACCAAUAUUGGGUGCUGCUCUUUUCAUAUUGUAUAGACGUGGUCGAGAUUGCUGGGAUAAGAGACAUUAUCGCAGAAUGGAUUUUCUGAUUGAUGGAAUGUAUAAUGAUUGAAGUUUGUGAAAAAAGAUUUAUGUUUUAUGAGAUUAAGUAGUUGUGUGAUUAUGUAAGAAAAAAUCUAAUCUCGAAAAUUUUCAUAAAUUUUUUUAUUGCAUAUUUGUAUGCAUUUUACGAUAAAAAACAUUUGAGAUUGGAUUCUUUUUACAUAACAACAUCCAAAACCGUUAAUGAUAACUAUAUCAUUAAAAUUAUAUCAAAUGACAUUUUACUAUAGCAUAUUAUAAACAUAUUUUUAACAUUUUAUAAUAUCUGAAAUCAGAACGCUUUUUAUUUUCAAGCUUGCUAUAUAAUUUUGUUCAUUAGAUAUAUUGUUGCCUUACUAAUGAUAUACUGACAUUUUAUAAUUUGUAAAAGUAAAUAUAUAAAAUGUUAAAUGUUUAUUUUUUAAUAUUUAUAUUAAAAGAGUGAUAUUUCUUAUCUUGUAAAAUGCUUUUAUAACGUGGAAAAGAAUUUAUAUAAUUGUUGCAUUUUUUCUUGCAAUUUUUGGAAUAUAUAAAUAUUUUUUAUAUAUAUUGUAUAUGUGAUGUCAUUUAGCAAAAGAAGGAUUCAAAGAGAAGGUUGCCAAAUACGACAAUAAUAGCAGUUCGAAAUUCAAGCAAAAAUUAAACAGAAAGGUCACAUUGUGCUUUGAAAGUGCUCUCUCAAUGAUUAUCAUCGACCAUUUCUGCAUGCAAAAACUUGUAAGAUACCAUGCAAAAUGCGAUAUGUAUACAUUUUACCAAAGAUAUACUCAAGUUUCGUAUACUACGGUUUUUUUAUGUAAGUUUUGGUCAUAUAUUGUAUGUAUAACAAAACGUUGCAUUUUAUACAUGUGGUGGAUAAUUCGUGAGUCUUCAAGCUCGUCCAAGUAAAAAAAUGUUAUUGAUAAUUGCCAUACAUAGAAUAUCAGUAAAAUACUGUAAUAUCGACUCGCUAUGUAAAUAUUAGGUUGUUCGAAAAGUUUGUAGCGUUUCCCAAUAAGUAGCAUUACCGUAGAUGGGUUUGAUUUAAUAUUUCUAUUUGACAACAUAUGUAUUUGGAACAGUUACAUUUCAACGCGUCUUUUGUUGCGAAGAUGACAUUUAGAAACUACUUGAAAGAUGCCGAAAUAUCAUUAAAAGAAAAUAAUGCAUAUAUUGCUGAAUAAAGAUACAAGUAAAGAUUAUUUAUAAAGUCUUUAAAUUUUAUUAAAAAAGCUACGUACUCUUCGAACGAUCCAUACAACGAUUUGUGAAAUUACUCGGUCUAUGUGAAACAUUUUGAGAUUGUAAUUUUUUAAAGCGAAGUUGCAUUUUAGACUUUUGAAAGUCUAUAUUUUAUCGACGCGUGGGAAAGCAAUAACAAUUAUUUUUGUACUAUAUCUAUGUAAAGAAAGUUAUUGUUAUAAAAUAUACACAUACUUGCAAGUCA